CUCAGAUCCAAAUGCAUGCGGGAUAGUAGCUCUGCAGUCUGUUACUGAGAAACAAAUCCAACCUGGCCUCACAAACAAGAAUUUAACUCUUGUGAAAGGUGAUUCACCUGCACACAGGAUCAACUGCCUGCUCUCUCAGCCCAGCUUGCAUAGUUAUUCAUGAAGCAAUUUCUGAUUGUCUUGGCCGUAUUUUCAGUGGUCGGCAUUGUGACUACAGAGGAGUCAUCAUGUCUGAAACAUGUAGCAUUUUCUUCUACAAACUUUGAGAACAUCCUGACAUGGGAAACUGAAGCAGAUAUUCCCCCUGGCACUUUAUUUGAUGUUGAAUAUAAACAGUAUGGAGAAGAAUUCUGGCUUAACAAGAGCGAGUGCCAGAGUAUCACACAGCCUUUCUGCAAUCUCACUCGUGAAACAGAAAACUUCUCGGAGCUUUACUAUGGCAGGGUGAGAGCCACUGGCCAGAACUACUGCUCCUCCGACUGGGUGCUCUCAGAAAGAUUUGAACCCAGAAAAGAGACUAUUAUUGGAGCACCAGAAGUGGAGUAUAUUCCUUAUGUAAGGUCCAUAAAGUUUCUUAUACGGCCUCCCUAUACUCCACUGAGAGGUGAGGAUGACCGCGAGCUAACCGUAGAGGACAUUUAUAGCAAAUUCGGUGCUGUUGAUUAUCACUUAACAAUAUUCAACCAACGGACACACCAAAAGUGGACAAAGAGUGAGCACAACAAAGAAUUUGAAGUUUCCAACUUGGACCCAGACACUGAAUAUAACGGAACAGUAUAUAUAUCUCUCCUCCAGAGAAGCAGCAAAUCUCAAGUAUUUUGGGUUAAAACACUAGCAGACAGCACAUGGCUUCUCUACUGUUUUGUGGCACUUGCAUUCUGUGCCGGACUGGCGUUUGCUACAAUUAGUUAUGUGAUCUACAAAUAUGUCACACAACGCAGUGCACAGCCUAUGUCUUUGGACGUCAGAGGGAUUUCAUCAUUCCAGCCUCUUACACUGACAGUGGAGCAUAUUAUAAAGCCCAUUAAUUUAUCCAAACCUUCACUCCUCAUCCCUGAAGUGCAAUUACCACAGAACAGCCAACAUUUGGACAGAGCACUGGAGCGACCAUGGUCUUUCUGUCCACCAGAAACUGCCUAUCAGCAACAGGCAGAUGUACCAACAUUCCGGCUGCCCACUCAGCCACCCUGCUUGGCAAGCGCAGCUCCUACUGGUUACACUCCUCACAUAGCUAAGCAAAGCAUUCCUACUGCCACAUCCAGCAAAAUUCUGCCCCUGAUCUAUGGGGUGUGUGUUGAAGGCACAGACCAUGUUGACAAGAAGAAUUUGCAGCCAAACCAAAUGCUAAAGGAAGUUUCUCCAGAUAGUUUUGUUGGUGAAAAGCUCAUAACCCAGAUGCUGGGCAAGAGCUGCGGCCAUUCUAAUUACAAAGAACAGAGGCCAAACUUGGCAUUGUGGAACAGCAGUGACACAAGAGAGUCAGUUCUCUUACAGGAGAGCCCGGGGCAAACACAGCAACUGCUGUUGCAGAUUGACAGGAUGGAAACUAAAGUGCAUGUAUCCCAGCUGUCACUGUCUUUGCUGGAACAAAAAGGAUGCUAUAGACAACAGACAGCAGAACUGCCACUGUUAGUGUCUCCAGUGAAAGUUGACACAGACUGUGUUCCAGAGGAUGAAUCUCUGUCGUCUCUAUCAGCAACUCUCCUUUUCUCAGUCAGUACUGGUAACAACUUCCCUGGAGAGAACAACACAGAGCAGUGGAUGUUGCCAGAUUCAUUCUCACAUUCUGCAAAUAAAUUGCAGUUCCCAGAGCCUCAAGAAACAGAGAUGUUAACAGCGACAAAGGAGCUAAGCUGCACAAAACUGAAUAAUGUUGUGUCCCAAGACACUAUCUUAGACCAGGACAAUGGCACUCCUCUCACUAUGCUGUUCAAAGAUUUGGACUUAAAAGUACUAUGGGAUGAGGAUGAAAACAUGGGAUUUUAUUAG